UUGGGAAGUGUUUAUUUUGACUAAAAUGAUCAACUACCAUCUAUAAAUUCACCCAUCUCUUUAACAGUUCGAUUCACAAUCCAAAUAACAAAACAUCAUUUCACUCUCCACAUUUUAAAGCCUAACUCAUAUCUUCAAGAGUUCAAGAAAAUGGACAAGAAUGCUAGUGCUAAAUCUGGUAAUGUAGCACAAACCGGUGCGACUGGAUCUGGUUCGGGGAAUAUGGUGGCGCCGGGUACUGGAGGUGCAGUUCAGAUACCUCGGGAUGCUUUUGAAGCGAACACUAAGGCCUAUUUUGAUAACCUUCAUGCCAAGGACAAGGCAACUAAAUAAGAAUGAGAAGUGUUUAGUGGUUGAAUAAGAAUGAUCACUUGAUCAGCAGCUGUG